AUGGGCGCAGCGAGAAGUUGGCGUGCGCACUUCACAGUCAGAAAAUGGAUUUUCUACCUUCUUUUCCAUGGAUUGCAUGUUGGCCUGUUCGUAUUCGGAUGGUGGAAGCAAGCAUCUGACUUACGCCUGGCGCCGUUGAACACGCUCAAGUUCUCAGUCUGGUUCUCACGCGGUGCUGGUCUGUGUCUCUCAGUUGACACGCUUCUUAUCCUACUGCCCAUGUGUAGAACGAUAUUACGAUGGGUACGGCCAAAAAUCAGGUGGCUACCGCUAGAUGAGUCGAAGUGGUUCCAUCGCCAGGUGGCAUACUCCAUGCUAAUCUACACGGUUGUCCAUACUGCGAGCCACUACGUCAAUUUCUUCAACGUCGAGAAGUCUCAAGUCCGCAAAGAGACAGCCGUCCAAAUUCAUUACACACAGGCCGGCGGAGUCACUGGUCACGUCAUGCUUCUCUGCAUGCUACUCAUGUUCACAACCGCGCAUCAUAAGAUACGGCAGCAGUCAUUUGAGACUUUCUGGUACACGCACCAUCUCUUCAUCCCAUUCAUGUUGGCCAUGUACACCCAUGCAACAGGAUGCUUCGUGCGUGACAGCGUACUCCCACACUCUCCGUUUGCCAAGAGCUUCUGGGAUCACUGCAUUGGCUAUGAGGGGUGGAGGUGGGAGUUAGUUGGCGGCGGACUGUACUUGUUUGAACGAGUUUACCGAGAGAUUCGCGCUCGCAGGGAGACUGAGAUCAUCAAAGUCGUCCGUCAUCCAUACGAUGCGGUCGAGAUCCAGUUCCGUAAGCCGUCCAUGAAGUACAAAGCCGGCCAAUGGCUCUUCCUCAACUGCCCGGCCGUCUCGACCCACCAAUGGCACCCUUUCACCAUCACCUCCUGUCCCUUCGACCCUUACAUCAGCGUCCACGUUCGGCAAGUCGGUGACUUCACCCGCGCGCUCGCCGACGCGCUUGGCGCUGGCCAAUCGCAAGCCAAGCUCUACGACGAGCUCGACCCCAUGGGCAUGUACGAAGUAGCCCUCCAGCACGGGCAGGAAAUGCCCAAGCUACGCAUCGACGGGCCAUACGGCGCACCCGCCGAAGACGUGUUCGAAAACGAGAUUGCCGUCCUCAUUGGCACCGGCAUUGGCGUUACGCCUUGGGCCUCAAUCCUCAAGAAUAUCUGGCACAUGCGGCUUUCGCCCAACCCGCCGAAGAGGCUGCGCAGGGUGGAGUUCAUCUGGGUGUGCAAGGAUACUACGUCCUUUGAGUGGUUCCAAGCCCUGCUCUCGUCGCUGGAGCAGCAAUCACUAGGCGCGCCCGGUGCCGAUGGCGCCGACUUUCUCCGCAUCCACACGUACCUGACGCAGCGGAUGGACGUCAAUACCGCGAACAACAUCGUGCUGAACAGUGUCGGCACUGACAAAGAUCCCCUAACGGAGCUGAGGAGCAGAACCAACUUCGGCAGGCCAGACUUCAACAAGCUGUUGUGCGGGAUGCGGGACGGCAUCAUGAACAGGACCUACAUGAGCGGUCUAGAGAGCAGCUUGAAGACGGAUGUCGGUGUGUAUUUUUGCGGACCGAGCGGCGCAGCAAGGGAUAUCAAGAAGGCGUGCAAGGCGGCAACGUCGCAGGAAGUGAACUUCAAGUUCUGGAAGGAGCAUUUCUGA